AUGGACAAUAAUUUUGUCUAUCCGGAUCCCCAGGAAAUGUCGUGGCCUUACCACAUCCACUACCUGUACAACUCCAACCCUACUGCGCCCACUCAGAAUGACCAUCAACAUCUCGCACGCGAAGAACUAAGACCAGUCAUAUUCGUGGCCCCCGAUGACUCUCAAUCGUGGGUCGGUCUGCCAUCACAGUACUGGCCCCUCUCAACCGCAAGUCAAGGCACCAAUAUUAGCGCCGCGAACUUCGAUGGCAACCCCGCCCGCCAGGUACUGAUGGCUCACGACCAUCUUCGCUACGCUCCGCAAGUCUCCCUCUACCCAAGUAGCUUUCUCAGCUCCCUCGCGAAGCGACAGGUGUCUUCGGCCGAUUCGUUCAAGCUGCCGGAAGCUGCCCCAAUUUUGCGCGGCUCCACCACUCGCAUGGAUACCGACCUUAAGCCAAAGUCAAAAGUCACCAAAUCAAAAGGAAAACCAAGACAGGUCCCUGAGACAGAUCCCACCAAGCGCUUGAAGGCAUGUGCAGGUUGCAGAAAGGCCAAAUCUGGUUGCGUGAAGGGACGCAACGAAGGCGACCCAUGUCGUCGAUGCACCACGCGUGGAACCCCGUGCGAACUCGCCUACCGCAAGGUCUACGGCCCCCGAGAUGAGGGCGAAGACCCAGCCAUCGAAGACAGCGAUGUUCAGGGCAAAAUAUGA